AUAUUGUAUUACUACAUUCACAACAUCACCAAUACAUCACUUCUUUUUUUCAUACGUAUAUUUGUCGAUCGUCCUUCUUGAUGAUCAUGUUCAUGUUACGAUGAAGUAAUAACGACGACGGUUCUACACCGCGUCGGUGGUCAGUGAAGGUAGGUGAAUUUGUGUGUUUCUCGUUGCGCCUUUCCACAUACAUCACGUAUGAUGGGGAAUUCGUGUUUUUGUUUUUGAAUACCUAGAUUAGAUAUCUCCAAUAGUGUCAAAUAUUCCAGAAAAAAAAACCAAUCAUCAGAAAUAUCAAUCGAACGAAAUACAGACAGACUGCCUCUCGAUAACUGUCCCGAACAUCAUGUAA